CAACAAUAACAAACAUGGAUAUGGAGUUGAGCACCACAACGCUUGUUUUAUUCAUAUUGCUGGCUGCGUGUGGCAUAGCUCAAUCUCUUGUCGUUCCUAUUUCAAAAUAUGGUGGGGUACCUAAUUCAGAUAUAACUCAGGCUCUUACAAAUGCAUGGAGAGAAGCAUGUGCAUCACCAACAGCAAGCAAGAUUGUGAUACCUCGUGGGAAUUUUAGAAUGAGGGCAGUGGAUUUGAAAGGGCCUUGUAAGGCUCCUAUUGAGCUUUAUGUUGAUGGAACAAUUAUAGCACCAAUGAACCCUCGUGGUGUUGGCGAUGAAUGGCAAUGGGUUAAGGUUCAAUAUGUUGAUUACUUCACCCUCUCUGGCAAUGGUGUUUUUGAUGGUCAAGGUGGAAUAGCUUGGCAACAAAAUGAUUGUGGAACCAACCUCAAUUGUGCUAGGACUCCAAUGAAUUUCGGUUUCAACUUCAUGAAACAUGCAGUUGUUAGGACAAUAACAUCAAAGGAUAGCAAGAACUUUAAUGUGAAUGUAUUGGGGUGCCAAAACUUCACCUUUGAUGGGUUCAAGGUCAUUGCACCAGGGAACAGCCUAAACACAGAUGGUAUCCACUUGGGAAGAUCAAAUGGAGUCAGAAUUCUGAACACAGACAUAAAGGCCGGAGACGAUUGCAUCUCGAUCGGCGACGGAAGCGUGAACACAUACAUCUACAAUGUGAAGUGUGGACCUGGCCAUGGCAUCAGUGUUGGAAGCCUUGGCAAGUACACCACUGAGGCUCCUGUGAAUGGUCUUAUUCUCAAGAAGGUCACUCUCACAAACACUGACAAUGGUUUGAGGAUCAAGACUUGGCCUAGUGCUCCUGGAACUUCUCCUAUCUCUAAUCUCUUUUAUGAAGACGUUACCAUGAUUAAUGUCAGGAACCCUAUUAUCAUUGACCAGGAGUAUUGCCCUUGGAACCAGUGCAAUAAACGGAAUCCAUCAAAAAUAAGGAUAAGAAAUGUUUCAUUCAAGAACAUUAGGGGAACCUCACUAACCAGGGAGGGGGUGAACCUCAUCUGCAGCAGUGCUUUGCCAUGUCAGCAGGUCAGCCUACGUGAUAUUGAUCUCAAAUUCAACGGAGCUCCGGCAGUCGCCGUAUGUCGUAACGUCAGGCCCACCGUUGCAGGAAGAGCUCUUCCAUUCGUAGCUGCUAAUUAGAGCCUUUGCUUAACACAUGCAUAUAUACAAUGCAACCAUGGCUCUUCUUAUAACAGAUUUAUUUAUUUAUUUAUUCGUUUAGCUUCUAUGAAGGUGACGAAGGUGCAUAAGUCGUCGUCCUAAGGAGAGUUGUAGUGCUCUUUAUGAGUUACAGUACAUGCUCCUUCGUACAAAUUGGUUCAAAGAUCAAUAGUACUUAUUAAUUUGAGAUGUUUCAA